CGCCUCGCCUCGCCUCAAUCACACAGUCGACACACGAUCUUUGGCGGGAGUACACUGCGCGCUUCUUUCCAACUUUUCCCGGGUCUUUUAUUCAGUGUUGCGAAUUAUUUACUCGUUACCUUAUUCACUGUUAAUUUAUCAGAAAGUGAUAAAACAAGUGUCGUAAAGUGUCACCAUACAUCAAGAAGUGUAUAAGUUUUUUAACUACUCGGAAGUAUCGCGGUAUUGCGGUACUAAACAUUUGCUGCCAGCAAAUACAUUGAAACAAAAGCAAGAUGAAACGGUUAUCCAGAUGUUGCUGCUGCUGCAACGUGCGGGAUGGGUCCAUCACGGUGGGCGUGCUGGGCAUCUUGCUGUCCAUCGCAACCAUCAUCUUCAUCUGGCUAGCUCCGAGCCACCUUGUCUCCUUCAAAUCCUACUUCUUUGAGGAACAGGAUAAACAGUACAGUAUUUCAAAAAUCAUUAUGACCAUCAGUUUAUGCUUCACGAUACUAAUAUGCAGUGCCCUCAUCAUAGCAAUCAAAAAGCGGCGUUCAUGGCUGAUGCUCCCGUUCGUGGUACUGGGUCUGGUGCUGGCCAUUGGACUGCUCAUCAGCAUUCUGCACACUUCCAUCGUACUUUACACGGACGAUAAAGAGGAUUACACCAUCUUAGCCACCUGCAUACUAGUGGGCGGCUUGAUCUACCUAAUUCUAUAUUUGUACCUGUGGGUGGUGGUCUUCAGCCAUUACCUGGACACGCGUGACGAGGAAGAGCGAGGACGGUACAGCAAGAGCCCUUACAGACGAUAGAAACGAAGAACGACCCGUUGAUGUACAAGACUAAUUAUAAUUUAAGGCGCCUAACACCUCUAGUGACAGUAUAUAGUGACCUAGUCAC